AAGGUCUGAGGGGUGGGGGUACGACCUGGGCGCAGGAGAGGUGUGGAUGGAGAGGGUAGAUUCCUUCCUGCUGGAACGGCCUUGUUAGCAAGGCCCUUCUUAGCAAGAAGGGGUAAGCGGGGAGUUUCUUGGACCUGACUGAAGGAGGGGAAGGGCUUUCUUGGCCGAAGACUGGAGGUUAGACCUUGGGUGAAUUUCCGAGAGUCUAGAGUAGCUUCUACAAUUAAGUGUAACGGUGGCGCCGGAAAGCUGUGAGGGUCUCCUUUGAAAAAUCCACACAACCCCCCACCCCCGUGAGACGAAUGACACACUUCUGAAUGGAAAUGAGUGUUGAAAAGAUCACGGGAUGGUAGAGACUCGGUCUGGCCAUUUUGGUGUUUUUUUCACAUGCUCCUGCUCCUCUGUUUGCCACGAAUGGUUUCUGUAAGUCCAAGAGGUGAAAAGGAAGCCCAUCGUCUUCGCCAGUUACAGUUAGUCAAUAUGUUUCCAUUGACGGAGGAAAACAAGCAUGUGGCCCAGUUAUUGCUCAGUACUGGUACCUGUCCAAGAUGUAUUUUCAGAUUCUGUGGUGUGGAUUUUCAUGCGCCUUACAAACUUCCCUACAAGGACUUGCUCAAUGAACUACAGAAAUUUCUGGAAACUGAAAAAGAUGAAUUAAUUUUGGAAGUUCCAAACCCACCUCCCAAGAAAAUUCGACUACAAGAACUAGAAGAUGGGAUUGAUGGGAUUGAUAAUCUGAGUCAGAAUGGAGAGGGAAGGGUCUCCAUUAUUGAAGAUGGUAGCAUUGCUUCCAAGAACUCAAAUUUAAAUGUGUGCAAUGUGUGUCUAGGAAUUCUUCAAGAAUUCUGUGAAAAAGAGUUCAUUAAAAAGGUGUGCCAAAAAGUUGAGGCCUCUGGGUUUGAAUUUACCAACUUGGUAUUUUCGGUCUCCUUUCCACCACAACUAUCUGUAAGAGAGCAUGCUGCAUGGUUGCUGGUAAAACAGGAAAUGGGAAAACAGAGUCUGUCUCUGGGAAGAAAUGAUAUUGUUCAGCUGAAAGAAGCCUACAAAUGGAUAACUCACCCGCUAAUUUCAGAGGAACUGGGUGUUCCCAUUGAUGGAAAGAGCUUGUUUGAAGUGAGUGUGGUCUUUGCUCACCCAGAAACAGUUGAGGAUUGCCACUUCCUACGUGUGAUAUGCCCAGAUUGCUUCAAGCCAGCCAAAAACAAACAGUCAGUGUUCACUAGAAUGGCAGUUAUGAAAGCGUUGAAUAAGAUAAAAGAAGAGGAUUUCCUCAAGCAGUUUCCUUGUCCUCCAAACUCACCAAAGGCUGUUUGCACUGUUCUUGAAAUUGAGUGUGCUCAUGGUGCUGUUUUUGUGGCUGGGAGAUAUAAUAAAUAUUCUAGGAAUCUACCACAGACUCCUUGGAUAAUUGAUGGAGAAAGGAAGCUGGAAUCUUCAGUGGAAGAAUUAAUCUCAGAUCAUCUUUUGGCAGUAUUCAAAGCAGAGAGCUUUAAUUUUUCCUCCUCUGGAAGAGAAGAUGUAGACGUGAGAACAUUAGGAAAUGGAAGGCCCUUUGCAAUUGAGCUGGUGAAUCCUCAUAGAGUACAUUUCACUUCACAAGAAAUUAAGGAACUUCAGCAGAAAAUUAAUAAUUCAUCUAACAAAAUCCAAGUCCGUGACUUGCAGCUUGUCACAAGAGAGGCAAUAGGACAUAUGAAAGAAGGUGAAGAAGAAAAGACCAAGUCCUAUAGUGCCUUAAUAUGGACAAAUAACACCAUACAGAAGAAAGACAUUGAAUUCCUAAAUGACAUAAAGGAGUUAAAGAUCGACCAGAAAACACCUCUGCGGGUCCUUCACCGGAGGCCCCUGGCUGUGAGAACUCGCAUCAUUCACUCCAUGGAGUCACACUAUGUGGAUGACCAUCAUUUCCGCCUCUAUCUGAAGACUCAAGCUGGAACUUCAUAUGACUUACAUCUCAUCUUUCUGGAAAUGAAUAAGAACCAUUCUGGCCCUUUUAACUGGUUGUUCUGGUCAUCUCCUCUCGUCAUUGCUACUCGGAAGUAGCAUUCUUGAAAGAGAAAAAGGAUAACAAAUGUUGAUCUGUAGAUGUUGACUGGCCCCCUGCUCUGGAUGACUAGCUUUCAAAUGUGGAAACAGAGUAGGGUUUUCGUGGAAUGAUGCAGACCUCCAUUCAGCAUACACUGUAUAAUGGCUAUUUACUCACCAUUGCAGUGUCUUGGAAACCAUUUGGAUCAUGUUGAUCUAUGUAUUUUAAAACCUUUUGUAACAUCUCA